UUUUUCUUACUUCUUUUGCCUAAAACUGAGGCUUAUCCUGAGAUAGUCGCAUGAAGCUAUCAUUUGAAAGACUGACUCGGAAUCUGCUCAGCUAUUGUGUGGGAAUUCCAAGUAUUUUGGCUGAAGGAAGGUCCUUUUGGUCAACGAGAGAAGCCAAGAACAAUGAGUUCACUAGAAGCAAUUGGAAAUAUUCAAACAUUCUUUAGCUACCAGCAUUCAUUUAUAACUUUCAAGAUCAUGUCAACUGGCUGUGAGCUGGGUGUCUUUGAUCUUUUGAGAGAGUCGAGGGAACAGCUGUCUUCCACAACUAUUGCUGAACGCUUGAGCACCAGCCCCAUCGGGAUGCAGAGGCUGCUGGAGGCCUGUGUGGGGUUAAAGCUCCUGACACUGGAGUGGAAAGAUGGCAAAGAUCUUUAUGGAAACACAGACUUUACCAAUCUCUACCUGGUCAAAUCAAGCCCAAAGUCUCAAUAUCUUUCCAUAACAUUCAAUUCUGAAGUUUUGUAUCCAUCAAUGCAAUAUCUGCCUGAUGCUGUGAGGAAAGGGAAAAAUCAGAUUCCAUCAAUAUAUGGCUCUCCCUCACACAAGACUUUUGACGUCAUGUACAGAUCAAAGGAAGAGUUACAGUUCUUCUCCAAUCACAUGAAUGAGCUCUGGCCUGCGGUAGGAAGAGAAGUGCUUUCUGCCUUUGACCUGUCCCAGUUCCCACUCAUUUGCGAUCUAGGUGGAAACUUUGGUGGCUUAGCUAAGGAAUUAAUUUCACUCUACCCAAAAUGUAUUGUGACCAUUUUUGACCUCCCUGGAGUAGUGGAAGCCUCCAAGAACCAUUGUUUGUCUUCAGAAGAGACCCGAAUCACUUUCCAUGCAGGUGAUUUUUUUAAAGAUCCAUUUCCUGAAGCGGACCUGUACAUUUUGGGCAGGAUUCUGCAUGACUGGUCAGAUGAGAGUUGUUCGCAGCUGCUACAUAAAGUGUACCAGGCCUGCAAACCUGGUGGUGGUGUCUUAAUAGUGGAAAUGCUUCUUGAUGAAGACAGAAGAGGGCCUUUAGCAGCUCACAUCUACUCCUUGUUAAUGUUGCUCUACACUGAAGGAAAAGAACGGUCAACAACUGAGUUUAAUGUGCUUCUCCGCAAGGCUGGUUUCCAAGAAGUUGAGUUAAAGAAAGGAAGCCUCUUUCAUAUUAUUCUAGGAAGAAAAUAAUGUUGCUCCUGAUUCCUUCCUGUUGAAUGUUUAAGAGGAAAUUUCAGUAAUCAAAAUCUUGCUUUGUUAAUUACAGAUAUAUUCUAUUCUUUCCAUGUCCACAGAUUACAGAGCUGAUCCUUUUCUUAUCACAAUAUGAUUUCACCAUAACUAGGGAUUCCUGACAAUGUCUGCAAAAAUCCUGAGGACCAAUUCUGCGCAAUAAAGAGAUAGAUGAAACUUUUAUCAUAUGACAAAAAUUAAUCUCUUUAUAGAUCUUUAGUUCUUCCCAUUUUUACAAACCGAGACAAUCUUCACACAUUAAACAAACAACAAAGUACAAGAGAAAAUCUGAAAGGUCAGGAUCAGGAUUCUGAAACACACACAUUGCUUUGUUAAUUCAGUAUUUUUAGCCCUUCUAAAAAGCAAUUAAGCCCUAGAAAUUCUGCAACACACACAGGAUGCCAUAGAUGCAAACAACAUAAAUAAAAAUAUUAACUGUAGGAUUGCAAGUCUAGCCACUAGGAAAUUAACAAUUAGUGCUGGGAACUCAAGGUUUUUAGAUAAUGGCUAUUGUAAAAUAACAACCUCAGAAACAUUAUCUCAUUCUUUCUACCCUAGUUAUGUAUUUCAAUAUAUCUGAAUUAACCUGAUCAGUAAUAUAACCUUAUUAAUGCUGUAUCAUAUUAGUAGUGAUUAAUUGUAAAGAGGGCUUAUAAUUUCACCAACAUUUCAACUUUAUUAUUUUCUAUCACUGUCAAUAAACUAAUCUGCAUAUUG